UCGUAUUUUGACCAUGGAUCCGACAGCAUCAGUCCGCGACUCGACCGCGCGAGUCGUCUCCCAAGCCGAGCACGUGACAAUCCACAAGGAUAGCGUGUUGGCCCUGGCCGACAAGUUGGUACAACGACGACGAACAUAUGCAUAGGUCCGUUCGCACACGUUUGACCUGUAGGAACGCGUGUAUCUUGGCCAAAAGGACUCGAUCCACGACCAGAUCGCAUGGGAUUUCGGCGACGUCCAUUACUUUGCCGACGCCAAGGACGGAGGGCCAUUGACGUGUCAAUACGUGUUUGUGCUAGACGCGCUCAACUUUUGCUUUUGGCCGACUCCCGAGUACGUCAGUCAUGGCGGUCACGCGUACUCCCUUCUCAAACGCUCAUUCUUACCUCCAUGGAACGCAGCAUGGAGUACGAGCAUUUGGCCCGAGGGUUGAAGCACGCGCUUCUCCAGGACCCCACGGCGUUCCAUGCAGCCCAACUCGCCACCGUCACAAAAGACACCGUCGCGUCCUGGUUCGCCCCGUUUACACCCCCUCAGCUCGACGAGCGGGUGCGAAAAGUCCGCGAAUUGGGCGCCGGCUUAGCCAGGUACUUUGACGGGUGGGCGUUGAAUGUCAUCCGCGCGAGUAACUUCUCGGCCGUCGAGUGCUUACGGCUCGUGCUAGCGCAUUUCCCCGGCUUCCAAGACCACACAGUGUACAACGGUGACCAAGUGUUUCUAUACAAACGAGUGCAGAUCUUAGUCGGCGAUGUCUGGGCUGCGUAUGGCCGCAGCAUCGUCGACGUAGCCGACCCCAGUACCCAUGUCAUCGGUGGCUUUUACGAUAUUGACCGCCUUACUAUGUUUGCGGACUACCGAGUGCCCCAAGUGUUGCGUCCGGAAGGGGUGUUGCAGUAUUCGCUGGCGUUGGAUGCGCUGAUUCAGGCCAAGACGCCGAUUCCAUCGGGCAAUCUGAUGGAAGUAGAAAUCCGAGCAUGUACAAUCCAAGCUGUGGAGCAACUGCACGCGGUGCUCACAGCCAAAGGCCAUCGGAUUAAAGUGAUCGAGCUGGACUGGCUGCUGUGGCAGAUUGGCGAGAAUGCCAAGGACCACCUCCCCAACCACCACCGCACGUGGAGUGUGUUUUACUAAAAAAAAUACACUAAAAGAAGUAGAAAAAGGUCGUGAAUUAUAUCUAUGAUGAUUAAACCAUUCACUACAAUAAUAAUAUGGUUGUUGCCGU